GUUAAGUCACAAUAAAUAUUUGUCAAAUAGUUUUUCAUUUCGGUGUCUUUUACAGUUGUAAACGCAAUACUAAUUUCAAUGGAUUCAAUGAUUUACUCUUUUAUCAUUUUCUUGUUUAACUUGGAUUGUACAAACUCACUGAAAUUGACUCAUCUACAUGUACCUCAGUCAGUUCACCGAGGUGAAUCCACUUGGCUUAAUUGCUCAUAUGAUCCUGGAUUUGACAAAAUUUACUCAAUUAAAUGGUACAAGAAUGAUGUUGAAUUUUAUCGAUAUCUACCAACAGAGAAACCAUCAAUACAAUAUUAUCCAUCCUCAGGAAUAUCAAUUGAUGUUUCCAAAAGUGUCUCGGCUAAUGUUUAUCUAACCGAAAGCACAUUUCAAACUGAAGGAUUGUAUCGAUGUGAGGUUUCAGCUGAUGCACCUUCAUUUCAAACCGUUGCUAGAGAGAAACACCUCAAAGUAUAUUAUUUACCUGAAGCUGGACCUACUAUUGAACCGAUCAAAUGGAGUUAUUAUCGUGAUUAUCCUGUGAUUGAUUUGAUUUGUAAAAGUAAUCCUUCCAAACCAUCAACUCAGUUGACAUGGUUAAUCGAUAAUCAACCCUCACCAGAGCAAUAUCUUUCACACAAUGUUACUCACAAUCCGAGUGGACUUGAAGUUACACGGUUAAGGCUAACUUUACCUUACCAAUAUGGAUCUCUUGUUAAUCAGUUUGAUUUACGGUGUGAAUCGCGAUUCCUAUUAACUCACGUUGACCAAUUACAAUUGACCAUUAGGUCAAACUUUUUCAAGCCUCAAAGCGAAGACAACAGUCAAAGUGAUAAUUUUCCAGAUGAUCAAAUCACCAAGACUUUCAAUUUAACAAUUUACCAAGAUGUUGAAUCUAAUAUAUUGGUUAAAGGAUAUCAAUUAAUGUACAAAAUUAACGAUUUGGUAAACUUGAUAUGUCAAGUUGUAAAAUCUCGAGCUCAUCACAAAACAAAACCAACGCUAAAAUGGUUGAUAAACAAUGAAGAGGCAUUAGCUGAUAUGACAGAAGCAUAUCAGAAUGAAGAUUUUGGUGAAUAUACUUCAAGAUUAGGGUUCAAUCUCAGCGAUCGCUUUUUUAAUAUGUGGUCAACUUUUGACAACAAAAUUGGUCCCAAAAUUGUAUUUAAAUGUGUUGCCAUCCAUGAAGAGGUUUUAUUCCGUUCGGGCAAAGAUUUUAUCCCAGAUCUACAAAAUAAUGUGAUCAGUUCAGCUAGAGAAUCUACACAUUCAACCAACUCAGGUUCUAUCUUCAGGAUAGAUAAAAUGCUAACAAUUGGACCGCUGGCAAUUACUUUUGCAUUUUAUUUCAGAAAUUUCAAGAAUCUAUUUUUAUGUUUAUUAUAAGUUUCAAAACGUAUUUUGAUAAUAUUUACAUAAUGAUACCAAAGAGCAACAAUUUUACAAUAAUGUAAUUAUAUGAAUAAAUUUAUAUUCAUCAAAGC